CUUUCAUUCUCCCUCUGCACAGUCACAAUUCACAAACAGAAACAAACUCUCACCAACAAAAAAAUAAAAACAGAGCAGUUAGUUAACAAUGAGAACCCAACGCUCUCACCAUUUCCUUCUAUUAUCAAUCCUGUUCUUCGCAUCAACAUUCUCAUUUCUCCGAUUAGCAACCGCCACCGGAGCAGAUCCUCCAACCACCGGCAACAACGACGACACCGAAUACAUCCGUUCAAGUUGCAACACAACACUAUACCCUGACAUAUGCUACACUUCUCUCUCUCGUUACGCCAAUGCAGUUCAACAAAAUCCAGGCCAACUCGCUCGCAUCGCCAUAGCAGUAAGCUUCUCCAAGGUUCACCGUACCGCAUCAUAUCUCUCAAAUCUCACUCGCGUCGCUGAUUAUAGCGGUAACUCACGCGCCGCACUCGCUCUUCGUGACUGUUUCUCAAAUCUAGAUGACGCCGUUGAUGAAAUCCGUGGCUCGAUUAAACAGAUGCGUCAGUUAGGAGCCGCCGGAAGUGGAACCAAUUCGUUUCUUUUUCAGAUGAGUAACGUUCAGACGUGGAUGAGUGCGGCGCUUACCGAUGAAGAAACGUGUACGGAUGGAUUUCAAGAUGUAGAGGAUUGUCCGAUGAAAUCGGAUGUAGAGAAACGUGUGACGAAGGUGAAGAAGUUCACGAGUAAUGCUUUGGCACUUGUUAAUGGUUACGCUAAACAAGGAAUGCCGUGAAAUUGUGACCGUUUGAUUUGAUUAUUACUUUUUCUAAUUUCAGAAUUAUUGUUGUUGAAUUACUGUGUAGUGUGUGUGUGAACAAGAAAGAUGUGAAAUGAAAUGUGAAUGAUGAAUGUAAAUUUUGGUGGUUUUGAUUUUAGCUUUGUUUUUAGCAAAGAAAAAACAAACACAUGUGGCUUGGCUUACACAGGAUUUCUGUGCAAGAAUGGAGAGUGUAGAUAUACAAAAAAAAAAAAAAAACUAGCCACAGUUAUAAUGUAUUGUGUGAAGGUAAAGGCGUUUGAGUGAGUUUUUAAUUUGUUGAUGGUUAUUGAUCCUUUGAAGUUAAGAAAUUAAGAUGAAUAUUGUUAGGGCCACUCUAA